AUGAACGGACAAACGAAUGGAGUAAGUGGCACUAAAGGCCCAACGGCCUACUCAAUCCCUCAAGAAACAGCGAAGGUCUUCCAAGAUGGUAUCUUGAAGAACCCACUGAUCGGUCCGAACCUUCCUAAGGAAAUUGAAGAAUGUGCAAAGAGGAUCGAGUUUAAGGGAACCGAUAAACCCAGCAUUCCAAUCAAUUGGCGGUUUGCGGAAAGUAUCUCAGCUUUGAAAGGAUUGGAAGCUGCGAUGAUCAAUGUCCUUCUGAAGAAAAAGUAUGGAGUAGAGCCUCAGAAGGCUGUCAUCAAUACAGACCACGCACAGCUCUUCAUCAUGUCGAUUCUGCUUAAUACAAUCGACCCUGACGGCGAAGCGCUCACGUUCGCCAAAGCCGCCUCACCUGCUUACGCAAAGUACUUCAAGAACACUGAUCUGCACGGAAUGCAAGCGAGCACCUAUCGAACGUCAGCUACCAACAUUUAUCGUUGUAAGGAUGGGCGCUACUUUCACUUGCAUGGAAGCAUGGACUCCGAACUAACACAAAAGAGCCUUGGGCUCCCUCACGAUUUCGAGCACGCUCCGGAGGAGUCAUGGCAGCCGUAUGUGAACAAGGUGGCGCAAAUCGAUUCUGUAGAAAUGCAGAAUUUGGCCUCGGACGUUUAUAAGCAAGCUGGCACUAUUUGCUGGACGACAGAGGAGUUUAAGGAGAGUGAGCACGGCAAAGCGAAUGCGCAUAUUGGCCUGUACGAAGUCCACGACGUUAAGAAUGAAAGACAAACACCUUGCUGGUGGCCAGAUUCGCCUCAGACGUCACCGCAACGACCUCUGGCGGGAUUGAAAGUAGUUGACCUGACCCGAGUUAUUGCUGCCCCGGCUGUAACUAGAGGGCUUGCUGAACUUGGUGCAAGCGUGAUGAGGAUCACAGCUUCACACAUUACUGACAUGUCGUCUCUGCACUGCGAUCUCAGCUGGGGGAAAUGGAGCGCUCAUCUCGAUUUCCGAAGAGAAGAAGACCGGGAGAAGCUGCGAGUGCUCGUUCUAGAGGCGGAUGUCGUCGUUCAAGGCUACCGACCAGGUGUCCUCGACAAAUACGGAUUCUCACUCGAUAGACUCCUAGACCUCACCAACGACCGCGAAAGGGGCUUGGUCGUCGUAAGAGAAAAUUGCUACGGGUGGCAGGGUCCGUGGUCGUACAGAUCUGGAUGGCAGCAGAUCUCAGACGCAUGUUGUGGUGUAUCGAUGGAGUUCGGGAGAUCGAUGGGUAACAACGAGCCCGUAACACCCGUCUUUCCGAAUUCCGACUUCUGUACUGGAGUUGCCGGAGUUAUCGGAAUCCUAAGUGCUCUCCUGAAGCGUGGAACCUAUGGUGGAUCAUACAAAGUUGACGUCGCGUUGAACUACUAUUCACAAUGGCUCGUGAACAGCGUGGGCGUCUACCCCCCUGCCAUCUGGGAUGACGUCUGGACACGCAAUGGGCGACAGGUCUUCCGCCACUACCACAACAUGCAAUAUACCCUUCCCAAAUUCCUAAAGAUGCUGCAAGACAACUCUGGACAUGUUAUUUUCAACCCUGCUUUUUUCGAAAAGGUGCGAUCAGGAGCGAUUGGGAAGGACAUUUUGAGACCAAUGCCCGUGAUUCAGUUUCCAGAGGGGUUGGUACAGUUGCGGUUUAAUGUUGGAACAAGGUCGAAUGGAACGGAUCUGCCGAAGUGGCCAGAGAAUCUGAUGACGGAGGUUGUGUCAGAGUGA